GCGUUAAAGAAAUUAAUGGCGUUUAAAAAACGAUAUUGAGACAUGUAAACUAUAUGGCGGUAAUGAAUGAAACAAAAAAAUUCCAUAUUUCUGCUGAGAACCACUGCGCUACAGUGUGUGUGUGUGUGUGCGUGCAUGCAUGCAUGUGUGUUUGACAGUGUUUGUAAAAUGUCAGCUUGGUAACAGUUGUCCCUUAUCAGGUUGCAUUCCUGCUGCAUAUCAUCAUCAUCAUCAUUGGCUGUUCUGGUAAUGCUUUGUCUACUGUUACUAAGUAUGUUUAGAGCGACAUUCAUCACCAACAGAUAACUCAAGAAAUGAAGGGUUGGGAAUAACAGAUUGUCUCAAAAGGGGUAUAAAAUCGAGGUAUUAUGUGAAGAUGAAGAUUAAAGAGGGAGGGGGACUCUCGGAUGCAGUGCACAUAACUGGAAAGCUUUGCUGAUGUCAGGGUGGGAGGUGAUAAAUAAAUUAUGUUUAGAAUAGUGAGGUAAAGCUUAGAGAGUUGAGCUUCGAUAAAGAAGGAAGCAGGCUCAUGUGAGUGGGGAUGAUGCUCCAUUCUUACCCUCCUCCCAUGGGGCGGGCGGGAUGUCAACAAGCUCCAGCACCAGCUGACGGGCUUGCACUCCAGCCCAGCAGCAAAUUAGCAUCUCUUCCCGUUACCACUCCACACCCAGCCAUCCAGCUUUUAGGCUUUGGGGCCAUGGGGAUUGCCUUUUUAGGAGACACCUGACCACAGCUGAACUCCCCGCCGCCCAACACAAAGAAACUCUGGCUGAUAACGUGAUGCUUUCGUGUGUGUGUGCGCGCCCACCCUUGGUAAUGAGAGUGUGUGUGAGACAACUGAUGAGAAACUAGACGAGAGCGCUGAGGGUGGGAAUUGUGGUGGAGCUGUUAUGUAGUGGAGACAGAGGUCUGUGGAAGCUCCUCAUCAAGUGGAAAUCUUAAUAGUGAAAGCUGGAGAGGCUGUUUGAAGACCUUCAGGAUGCUUUGCAAGAAAGUUUGUUCUGCGACCUUGAAUCUGUUGAGGUGGUGAAGAAGAAGAAGUGCAGCUGAAAGGAGCUCAUAUUUUGGCAAUUGUUAGUGCCAUCUAAAUCCCAGGAGAGGUGUGACGGCAUCGUUCAAGAGAAGAUCUUUUAUAGCUGGGUGAGCCAACGAGAGCGGAGUAUCCCAGUAUCAUGGAGAAAUUCAAGGCGGCCAUGGUUCUGGGUGCUGUUGGAGAUGCCUUGGGCUACAGGAAGGGCCGUUGGGAAGACUGCACCUCAGGCAAGAAGAUCCAAGAGGAGCUGGCCUCUCUCGGGGGACUGGGGGCACAGAAACUGGACCCUGAUAACUGGCCCCUGAGUGAUGCAGCGAGGAUGCACAUCACCACAGCAGAAGCACUUGUAACAGAUUACUGGUGUCUGGAGGAUCUGUACCGGGAGCUGGUGCGUCUCUAUGUUGAAGCCAUGGUGUCUCUCCAGGGCAGAGCCCCUGAUCCUGCCACAGUAGAGGGCUGUGUUCACCUCAAGCCUCACAACUUCCUGCUCGCCUGGCAUACACCCUUCAAUGAAAAAGGGUCUGGUUUCGGGGCAGCUGCCAAGGCCAUGUGUGUGGGGAUGAGAUACUGGCAACCUGAGAGAAUAGACAACCUGGUGGAGGUCAGCAUUGAGAUUGGCAGAAUGACCCACAACCAUCCCACAGGCUUCCUAGGCUCCCUGACAACGGCGUUGUUUGCAUCCUAUGCGAUCCAGGGGAAACCUCCCGUGGCUUGGGGCCGUGAGCUCAUGAAGGUCAUCCCUCGGGCUGAGGAGUAUUGCAAGAAGACCAUACGACACAUGGCAGAAUAUCAGGAAAACUGGUUCUACUUUGAAGCCAAGUGGCAGUUUUACCUGGAAGAGAGGGAGAUAGAGGAGGAAGGACAGAACAAACCCUCGUUCCCCGACCGCUAUGAUGCUGAGGAGACAGACAAAAUGUAUAAGCGCUGGAGCUCAGAGGGCCUUGCAGGACGCAGAGGUCAUGACGCCCCCAUGAUAGCCUACGAUGCCCUUUUGGCGGCAGGGAGUGACUGGGCUGAGCUGUGCAAACGAGCCAUGUUCCACGGAGGUGAGGACCUGCACGACAGGUUUAAUACACAGACAGAUAAAACACACACCAUGCUCACUGUGACUUCUGUGAAAAUGUUUGUUUUAGGUGAGAGUGAAGCCACAGGCCUGAUCGCAGGUUGUCUCUACGGCCUCAUGCAUGGCCUGAGUCAGGUUCCCGCAGGACUGUACCAGGAUCUGGACAAAAGAGAGCGUCUGGAGGAGCUGGGAGAAAAGCUUUACACAGCAGCAUCUGCAGAGAAGUGCACAGACAAGUAAUCCUGCUCUUCACUGGCCUGAACCCUUCUGGCUAUCAGAGGAACUGCACAUGACUGUCAAACUGCUUCCCUUUGUCCCACACCACCCUCUAGUCCUCCCUGGUAGUAUCUCAAUAGUCUCAAUAGUGGCAUCCUGUCCACUCCUUGCCCUCCUCUCCUAUAUUUUGCUGCACACACGGGUGUCAUGAAUUGGAGAAGUUGAAGCACCUGUAGGUGUGAGGCAGAGGAGCAUCAAAAGGGAGACCAUUAAGGGUAUUGAGCUUCAAGCCUUCAGCCUUUGUCUGUCAUGAAUGCAUUCCUGUGAGAUCAUCUCUCAGGAGCGACAUCUGCAAUCAUGUUCUGUUGAUGGCAGGGAGGAAUAACCUGUCUCCACCUAAUUAAGUAAAUUACAGAAGAGUGGGGACAAGAAAACUCUUUGGCCUUUAUACAUUUUAAUUGAGAAUAGUAAACUAGUUGACUAUUUAACCUGACAAUUUCCUUCUCUGACCUUUUCCUUUUCUAAAGCUAACCUGUAUUAACAUGAAGCACAUGGUUAUGUUGUGUCAUGGAGUAUCUAAUUCGAGAGCCUAACUGAUUUUAAGAUACGUCUCUUUCUCCGCAGUAAGUUUCAAUAGUUUUUAAUCUACAUACAUCUUGGCUUUAUAAUGCAUGUAACAUUUGGUGGAAAUGUUGAGAUGAUUUUAACUUUUAUGCAUAACAUUAUUGAGUUGUUGAAUAUUUUAUCUUUACUGUGAUCAAUUAUUAUUUGCACUGUGAUGCUCUUAUACGGCAUUAGUGUACUAUAUUGUGAAAGCACCAUUACAUGGUCAAUAUUAAUAUGAUAUGAACAUUAAAAUGGACUCAGAUCUA